GCGAAUUACAUCAUCAUUGAUUUGAUAACGACUGCUAAACUCAAUCGCUCUAUCCUCUGCAAUUAAAUAUUUCAACGACAGCUGAAAAGAAAGACGUAUAAUGAGUACAACUGGAAAAGUAAUAAAAUGCUUAGCAGCCGUUGCCUGGGAGGCCGGCAAACCUUUAUCAAUCGAAGAAAUUGAAGUAGACCCACCCAAAGCCGGUGAAGUUCGUGUUCAGAUUAAAGCCACCGGCGUCUGUCAUACCGACGCGUACACAUUGUCAGGAAAGGAUCCAGAAGGUGUAUUUCCUGUUGUUUUAGGCCACGAAGGUGGUGGUGUCGUUGAAAGUGUCGGUGAAGGAGUCACUUCCGUAAAACCUGGUGAUCAUGUCAUUCCACUUUACAUCCCACAAUGUAACACAUGUAAGUUCUGUUUAAGUUCUAAAACUAAUCUGUGCCAGAAGGUGAGAAUCACACAAGGCCAAGGUGUAAUGCCUGAUGGUACCAAGAGACUUCACUGCAAAGGUCAAGACUUGUACCACUUCAUGGGAUGUUCUACUUUUAGCCAGUAUACUGUGGUUUUAGAAAUUUCACUCUGUAAAGUUAAUGAAACUGCUCCAUUGGAUAAAGUGUGUUUAUUGGGUUGUGGAAUUCCAACUGGAUAUGGUGCAGCACUGAAUACAGCCAAAGUGGAGCCUGGCUCCAGUUGUGCAAUUUUUGGCCUUGGAGCAGUAGGCCUGGCUGUAGCUCUUGGAUGUAGGAUGGCUGGUGCUAAACGAAUAAUUGGAGUAGAUAUCAAUCCUGCAAAGUUUGAAGUUGCUAAAAAGUUUGGUGUCAAUGAGUUUGUCAAUCCUAAAGAUUACGAAAAACCAAUCCAAGAAGUGCUUGUUGGCUUGACUGAUGGUGGAUUAGAUUACACAUUUGAAUGCAUUGGUAAUGUGAAUACUAUGAGGUCUGCUCUGGAAGCCUGUCACAAAGGUUGGGGUGUUUCAGUUAUCAUUGGAGUAGCUGGUGCUGGUGAAGAAAUCAGUACCCGACCCUUCCAGCUAGUGACAGGUCGUACCUGGAAGGGGACUGCAUUUGGAGGUUAUAAGAGCCGUGAUAAUGUACCAAAGCUGGUUGAUGAAUAUCUCUCUCAAAAGCUGCCAAUUGAUGAUUUUGUGACUCAUAAUGUUCCAUUGAAAGAGAUAAAUGAAGCAUUUCAUUUGAUGCACUCAGGUCAAGCUAUUCGUGCUGUUGUACAUUUCUAAAUUGAAUGUUACAUCUUAAUGUUAACUAUUAACAAACAAACAUAUGGUACAAAGUUGUAUGUAUAAAUAAAAAAUAUUUUAGAUUUUAUAUUAUUU